AUGGCAACAACGGAGCAAAGCGCGGCGCUACCUUCCGUGCACGUCCCCGUCUCUUUAUUCAUUUCUGGAGAUGCACUUGCACACACGUUCCAGCGCUUCCCAGGCCAGACGCACGACGCGGCGCUUGCGACCACCCAAGCCGAGAUCGGCACCGAUGUGCCUGUAGACGCGGCGCUGGAAGCAAAGCUGAAAAAUCCAGGCGUGACGCCUGUGCAAUCGUGCCAGAUGCUGGCCACUGCGGGGAAGUACGAUAACAUCGUUCUGGAGCUGACCAAUGCGCAAUGGCGCGAGCGCUGGGAACGGCUGUGCCUGCUGCAGUCGCUAGAAUCGGAGCCCGACCGGUCGUUUGGCGCGCCAGAGCUUCCGCGCAGCAGUUCCCGCGCAGUCCUCUUUAGCGGCCCCGCGCCCUCCGAGCUAUUGCGCACCGAAGCCGAGCAAUGGCGCGCCGAUCCGCACUUUCAGCGCGCGGAGCUCAACGUGACGCAUCUCGACGAGCCGCGCAGCGUAACUCUCAUGCUUAGCCAGUGGCUUGAGCUCGACUCGCCAGAUGAAGGCGUGCGCUUUGACUCGGAACUAGCGCUCCGCCAAGAGUUUCAGUACGCGGCGUACCUCGGCGUCCAGCACGUAGUUCUCCCUGCGCCGAGCAGCAGCCCCGACCGGCGUCCUUUCCUCGCGGACUAUGCACGCGCCGUGCGCGACUGCCUUGCCGGCAUCGCAGGUGCUGCGUCUGCCACUGGCCCGACGAUGAAAGUCAGCGUGCGUAUGCCCGUCAGCUCGCCGCACAUCCUUGCAACGAUGCUUAUGCGCCAAGCGACACGCACGCCAAACGGUGCGCAUGCCAUGCCUGCCGCUGCCUACCUGCGCACAAACGACAACUGGGCAUGGGAGACGUGGGAGGCACUGCAGAACUUCACCGGGUACAAUGCACAGCUGCACGUCGCGCUGGAUUUGAGCAUGCCGCUUCCUCCGUCUGCGUCGAUGCAGCGCUGGACAGCCGAGCCGGUCUCGAUGCUCUGGCUCCCUUCGUCGUCAUUCCUCGCGAACGCAAAAGGGUACCCAGUCUUGUCCAAAUCGGCGCAAGGGCUCAUUCGCCGCCUGCUCCGCCGCAAGCCCACCGUCGUCCUUAGCGAUAUAACCACGCCUCCGCCGCAACACACACGCGGCGGCCCCACUGCAUACCUGCAGUACAUUCGCCACCUCGAGCACACGCUCCCUGAACCUGACGCAACGGAGGCGUUUGCGCAAGGCUACGGCGACCUGCUGCAGGUGCCGCUGCAGCCCAUGUCUGAAAAUUUGGGCGGGAGCACAUACGAUGUGUUCGAGUCAGACCCAGUCAAGUACGACCUGUACGAAGAGGCCAUCUAUCAAGCGCUGGUCGACCGCGCGAGCCUGGGCACCACUACGCAGAUUUGGGUCGUCGGCGCAGGCCAUGGCAUGCUUGUUGCACGCAGUCUUGCCGCUGCUGAGCGCGCUUCGCGCGCUGUGCACGUCACGGCGCUGGAAAAAAACCCCGGUGCGUGCAUUGGGCUGCAAGACCGGCAACUGAUCGAGUGGGGCGACCAGGUCACCGUAGUUCAGGGCGAUAUGCGCACGCUGCCGCCUCCGAGCGGGUCUGCGCGCGCCGAUAUCGUUCUGAGCGAACUGUUGGGCAGUUUGGGCGACAAUGAGCUUGCCCCCGAGUGCUUGGACGGCGCGAUGCGGUUCCUGAAACCAAAUGGCAUCUCCAUUCCCAGUGCAUACACUGCGCACAUCGCGCCGAUCACCGCGCCGAAACUGUACGCCAAGCUGCACAACGCGACGCAAGCCGCACAGCCGCACGCACAGCCUGGCGUCGGUAUGGGCGAGCUGUCUGCGCGCAAGGGAUUCGACACGCCCUAUGUCGUCCUCUUGCAGUCCAGCAACCUUCUUUCCUCCACACAAAAAGACGCGGCGCUGCCGCGCAUCCAGCCCUGCUGGCGCUUUGAGCACGGGCCGUUGGAGGACAGUGGCUUGGUAUGCGCGCCAAACGGUUUACCGUGCACCGACGGGCAUAAUAUGCGCACCUCGGUCAACACCUUUUUUGUGUCGCACGCGGGCGUGUGCCAUGGUCUCGUGGGCUACUUUGAGGCGCAGCUCUACAAGGAUAUCACCCUGAGUACCGUGCCCGACGACGCGCGCAAAACGCCCGAUAUGGUGAGCUGGUUUCCCACGUUUUUCCCUUUCCGCGAGCCACUCUAUGUCCCGCCGCACGCUGAGAUCCAGGUGCAUCUGUGGCGCUUGACCGACAAAGACAAGGUGUGGUACGAGUGGUGUGCGGAAGUGUUUCUUUUGACCACGUCGCCGGCGUUGGCCGCGCAAGUCACGGGCGCAGACAGUAUCCUAUUUUCCCCUGCGCCGGACCACAGCGUCUUUUCCAACGCCGCACACACCCCCAUGGUGCCGGGCGCGGCCAGGUUUGGCGAUGGAAAUGUAGGUCUUGGCCUAGGUCUCUCGCCCAACGCCACACCGACACGCGUUCAGCACAUUACCAACGUGCUGGAUGCCUCGCCCAAUGUCACGCUUGACUCGGUCACGUCGCCGUCCAUGCCGGCGCCGCACAUUGCCGCCGAGCGACUUGCGCGGAUCAAGACGGGCGAGACGCCGCUGAUGAAUGCAGGCGCGCGGGGAUCCUGGCUCACGAUCGGUACAUAG